UACCAGCACUGGAAUCGAGAGGCCAGCGCUUAUCCACACUGCCUGAAUCACGAACAAUUUUUUAUUAUGGCACUUGCGCGGCUCGCAAACAGAAUUCGCUGAUUGAAAUCCAUAGAAAGUCAUUGCCCAACGUCGAGGACGCUGCCAGUUGAAGUUUCUGCGAGAAAGGAUCGCCGCACAGGAAACGGAAGUUCCGGGAAACAGCUAUUUCAUCCAACGCCGCUGCCUCCCCCUCGACCCUCCCCGCGAAACGAGCAGACGCCGAACGAAACAUUUAGAUUGUGCAAAUAGCUAAAAUCCACACAGUCCGCCAUCGAAUAUUAUGAAAUGGCAUCAGCUUUAAGUGUCUUGUCUUAUUAUAUCUGAUAAGUGUGUUAAUGAAUGCGAUACGAUUUAGGUAUAAUAAAGUAUUGUAAAGGCAGAUUCACUUGUACAUAUUCCGAUACCCCUGCAUUUGAUCAAGGGCCUUGAUCGCCAGAAUAAAAACGUAAAACGUAAUACCCAUUUACCCAAGUGGAACUUGUUGCUUGAGGCUUGGUUGUAGGUCAGUGCGAAGAGGUGGCUGAUCCGGCGGCAAAGAGUGCGCACCAGGCGACGACCGGCGACGAUACAAUGCCCUCGGCCAUCAGUGGCGCGGCACAUGGCCAAGUCCACAUACCCAGCAACGAGGAGUGCGGCAUCCGGGACGUGUGGAAGCAUAACCUGGAGGAGGAGUUCCGCACAAUCCGCAAGGUGGUGCAGAAGUACCACUAUGUGGCCAUGGACACCGAGUUCCCGGGCGUGGUAGCUCGCCCUGUCGGCGAAUUUCGCUCCACGGCGGACUACCACUACCAGCUGCUGCGCUGCAAUGUCGACCUGCUGCGGAUCAUCCAAUUGGGCCUGACCUUCAUGGACGACGAUGGCAAGACGCCGCCCGGCUACUCCACCUGGCAGUUCAACUUUAAGUUCAACCUGAGCGAGGAUAUGUAUGCGCAGGACUCGAUCGAUCUGCUGCAGAACUCUGGCAUUCAGUUCAAGAAGCACGAGGAGGACGGCAUCGAUCCCAUUGAGUUCGCCGAGCUGCUGAUGAGCUCCGGCAUCGUUCUGGUGGACAACAUCAAGUGGCUGUGCUUCCACUCUGGCUACGAUUUCGGCUACCUUCUUAAGCUCCUCACCGAUCAGAACCUGCCCUCGGACGAGGGAGACUUCUUCGAGCUGCUGCACAUCUACUUCCCCAACAUCUUCGACAUCAAAUAUCUGAUGAAGUCGUGCAAGAACCUAAAGGGCGGUCUGCAGGAGGUGGCCGAUCAGCUUGAACUGCGGCGCGUGGGCCCCCAGCAUCAGGCCGGUUCCGAUGCCCUGCUCACGGGCAUGGCAUUCUUCAAAAUGCGUGAGAUGUUCUUCGAGGACAACAUCGACCACGCCAAGUACUCCGGACACCUGUACGGCCUGGGCACCUCUUUCAUCGUAAAUGGCACAAACUUCCACGAGAGCAACGGCGAGACGAACAGCGCCUCAUGAUUCGUGCUGAUGGGGAACGUGGUGGUGCACGACAGGAAGUUCGAGCAGGAGGGAUCACCGGCUCCGCCGCCACCUGUGCAGGCCACAUCACCCAGCCAACCGCUUCUCGCAGCAACCACACCUUUGCUGUAGUCACAAAACGUUCCCGUUUAUAAACACUUACCCCGUUAGCCAUAUAGCUACUCUCUUGAUGUUCCCACGCAAGUUCAGAUUGAAAACCACAUCCCCUAAAUACAAAAGAUGGCAUACAACUAAUUGUAAAUCGCAAAAGAAUAAGAGAAACCGGCAAAACUAAAAUAGAUUCAAUUUCAAAUUCUGCAUGUCUUAAAUGUGUUACGAAUACAAAACUAAGGUAACUAAGCUAAUAUUGUAAGCCAAAGGGCAAACAUAGAAUAUUGUGUAUUUGUAAAAAAAAAACAAGAACAAUAUAUUUAAAACUUUUUAAUUUAGUGUAAA